AUGAGCAUCGACGCUGGCGGUGUUGCUCAAAUGACUUACCAGUCUCCUUUCAACAACUCUAUUGGCGUUUCGGGCCCUGGUUUUGCUUCUCGUGGAAAAGGCUCUCAUAUCAAGCGUCUGAGCGUUGCCCCCCCCCCAAAAAUCUCGACCAUCGAUGAAACCCAACAGGCCAACAUCAGCUCCACCCCUCGGACCAGCCGUGGUCAUCUUUUGGCUGGCUUGAGGACCGCUCCAAAGUCAGCCACCGUCCCUCCUGCCAAUCAGGCUCAGGGUCUCGAAGGCAGCAGGUACGCUGCUGCUCAGGCUGGCCGUCGUGCCCCCCAAACCUCCACUGGCAUGUACUUUCCCGGAAAUCGGCAUUCCAUGAGCAGCUUCCAGGGCUACUCUCUUCCUGAAGUUCUUGCACCUCCUGCCAUUGAUUUCAAUAAUGGAGUCGACACCAUGGAUCAACAUCUUUAUGACGAAUUGGUCGCCACCAACAACUAUCUUGCCCAUCAACAACGUGCCCUGCAACAGCAGCUUCUGAGUGUCACUGCUGCUGCUCAGCAAUUCAAUGGUCUCAACCUCAACACUGGCAUGUUAGGUACUUCCAGCCAACAAUUUCAGUCUCCUUCGCCAAUCACUUCUCCCAUGAGCCUUUACAAUCAACAGUUCCAACACGGCCUGCAACCAAUCGUCCAACCUGUCCCUGGCAGCCCAGGUGUCUUCUCUGUCUAUAAUCCCAUGACUGGGCAAUCGAGCUUUGUCGCUGAUCCUGCCCUCCAACAACAGCAAGAGGUCUCCCCUCAAGGACGCAACAAAUCUGUUUCUCCUCCUCCAGUCAAUCCGACAUAUCAACGUCAAUACUCGGAUGCCUCCAACCCUUUGACAGAGUCACGCUCAAGGACUCCCCCAAAGUCAACACCCUCUCCUCAACAGGAAGUUGUGCCUUUGCCACCCCCAUCGGCCAACGCUUUUCGUCGAGGCCACAGGAAGAAUAUGUCCUCUGCCAACAUCAAGACUACAGGCGAAUGGACCAAAGGCUCAGCACUGAGGUCUGGAAACGUUCCUCCAACUCCAAUGACGGGAACAUUUGGACCAGGACAAGCUCGAGCAGGAGAACAUCCAGUUAGACAGCCCAAAGGACCUCCACUUUUGCAAGAGCUGGAAGAAAAGCCCACCUCCAAACACGAGGGCAGCAAGAAUUUCGCUACUCGUCAGCGACGUCGUGCUGUUCAUGACUUGGUUCGUGCUGGCCGUGACCGUCGCAGCGAUGGUCGUCAAUCUGGCUCUGGAGCCGGUACUCCCGGAAGUGAGAACGACUUUAACUUUUCCGUCUCAUCCGACAAUGAUUCCAGCUUGGCCGGUAGCACCAGUUUGUCUAGCAGACCCAGUCUCGGUAGUCUACGGGCUGUUGCCAGUGGUGCCAUCGGCUCUGAGAUCAAGGAGAAGUCUCGAGAACGGUCGUCUAUCGACAGCGUUGGAGCCAAAAGCCUCAGCGGCGAUGAAGCUAACGCUAUUGGUGGACCAUUUGUUGAGGUUGAGCCUGCGAGACGCAACACCCCUCUUCUCGUUCUCAGUAGCGCCGAGAAACGCAAGAGCUUUGUUAUGUGA